CUCUCAAAUUGUCUGCCCUCUUAUUCCAUUUUGUUGCUGCGCAACUGCGACUGUGGACAUAACAGCUCUUAGGCUUUGGCUUGCUGGACUUGAAUCAGAGUGUUCCUUAUUUAACGAAAAAGAAUCAUCAUGCCUCCAAAGAAGAAAGGUGGGAAAAAGAAGGGAAAGAAGAAGGCAGGAAAAACAAAGACCCCAACCAUUAUUGAUGGGGUUAGUACAGAGGAAAUGAGCAAAGAACAGUUAGAGGAGCAUAUUGUGAGGCUGCGUGAAGAACUUGAUCGGGAAAGAGAAGAAAGAAACUAUUUUCAGUUGGAGCGUGAUAAAGUUAACACAUUUUGGGAAAUUACGAAAAGGCAGUUGGAGGAGAAGAAGGCAGAAUCACGGAAUAAGGAGAGGGAAAUGGAGGAAGCUGAAGAAAGGCAUCAAGUUGAAAUCAAAGUCUACAAACAGAAAGUCAAACAUCUUCUUUAUGAGCAUCAAAAUAACAUCACUGAACUCAAAGCAGAAAGUGCUGUUGCAUUGAAACUUGCCCAGGAUGAGCAUAGAGGCAAAGAACAGUCACUGGGAAAAGACAAGAGAUCUCUUAAGGUGGAGCUGAAGGAACAGGAAUUAGCAAACGAAGAUAUCAUUAAAAAUUUGAAGAGGGGGAAAGAUCAAGAUAUAACUCAGUUAAGAGAGGAUUUUGAAAGGCAAGCAAGAGAAAUCGAGGCAAAGUAUGAAAAGAAGAUGAGGGCACUCAGAGAAGAGUUAGAGUUGAGACGGAAAACAGAAAUACAUGAAAUUGAAGAGAGAAAGAACAGUCAGAUAAACACAUUAAUGAAGAACCACGAAAAAGCAUUUAGCGAUAUCAAAAAUUAUUAUAACGACAUAACACUGAAUAACUUGGCACUGAUCAAUUCAUUAAAGGAACAAGUGGAAGAGAUGAAGCGAAAGGAGGAAAGGAUGGAGAAGCAAAUGAACGAAAUAAUGGCAGAGAAUAGAAGAUUAACAGAGCCGCUGCAAAAGGCGAGAGAGGAGGUGCAGGAGCUUCAGAAAGAGCUUGCAAAUUACCAAAAGGACAAGGCUUCUUUGGCAAGUGCCAAAGCAAGGCUCAAAGUGAGAAUGGAAGAGCUGAAAAAGCUGGAAUGGGAGCAUGAAGUAUUGAAACAACGUUUUGAGCAGACACAAGAAGAGAGAGACGAACUUUACGGGCGGUUUGUCAAAGCGAUCCAUGAGGUGCAGCAAAAAAGUAAUUUUAAGAAUCUGCUUCUGGAGAAGAAGUUAUCAACUCUGGCCGAUACAUUGGAGAAAAAGGAGGCACAAUUAAACGAAGUCCUAGCAGCUUCAAAUUUGGACCCAACUGCAUUGACUGUUGUCACACGAAAACUAGAGGAUGUUCUCGAUUCCAAAAACAGCGCCAUCAAAGACCUUCAAUAUGAGCUUGCGAGAGUCUGCAAAGCUCACAACGACCUGAUACGCACCUACGAAACCAAACUGCAAUCCUUUGGCGUGCCAACAGACGAGCUUGGAUUCAGGCCCCUAGAAAGCAAUGUCACUGGUCAACAGCUUGGGAAGGGGCCUGCGGGGCUGGUGGCACAACCAACAUGAACAGAAUUGCAUUCUCUAUUUACUGUAAAAAAUAUUACAUUAAACACGUACCAUUUAACUGCUAAUCCUUGUAAAAUAUUUGUUUAUAUGAAAAUAAUAGUAUUA